CUUUCACGUGGCGUACCCUGAUUUGGUUGAGAACGCAAUGGCCCCGGUUUCAGGAUCACAACAAAUACCCCGCAGCUAGGUCCCACCAUCACCAGGUGUAAAGCAUUGUGGCCCCCACUUCAUCUGCCACCCGACCCAUUAUUUCUUCGUUCCUCCGCCAUCCCCACUGCAGCCAUCUCCUCUCUCUCGCUCUCUCUGGAGCUCUGAAGUUCUGGCGAGCAAGCAAAAUGUCAAAGCAAACUUACAGGGUGUGCUUCUGCUUCCGGCGGAGGUUCCGGUUGGCGGCGGCAGAAGCGCCGGAGGAGGUCAAAGCCAUCUUCAGCCAGUACUCCGAGGGCGGAAUCAUGACCGUCGAUCACCUCCACAGGUUCUUGGUUGAGGUUCAGCAGGAAGAUAAGGCCACCAGGGAGGACGCUCAGGCCGUCAUGAACAACCUCCACGUCUUCCACCGAAAGGGCCUCAAUCUCGAAGGCUUCUUCAAGUAUCUUUUCUCAGACAUCAACCCUCCUCUCUCGCUUUCUCGCGGGGUUCACCAUGACAUGGAUGCCCCAUUAUCGCAUUAUUUUGUAUACACCGGACACAAUUCAUACCUAACUGGGAAUCAACUAAGCAGCGACUGCAGCGAUGUCCCCAUCAUACAAGCGCUGCGUAGAGGUGUAAGAGUAAUUGAACUGGAUAUAUGGCCAAACUCAACGAAAGACAAUAUCAAUGUUCUUCAUGGAAGGACACUGACUACUCCUGUGGAACUCAUCAAAUGCUUGAGGUCUAUUAAGGAGCAUGCAUUUUAUGCAUCUGAUUAUCCUGUUGUGAUAACUCUAGAAGACCAUCUUACUCCAGAUCUUCAGGCUAAAGUGGCGGAGAUGGUCACUCAAACGUUUGGAGACAUACUGUUUUCUCCUGGCUCAGAAUGCUUGAAAGAAUUCCCCUCACCAGAAUCUCUAAAGAGACGGAUUAUUAUAUCAACCAAACCCCCAAAAGAAUACCUUGAAGCUAGGGAACUGAAGAAAAAAGAGAGUGGUUCACAGAAGGGAAAAGAUUCAGCAGCAGAUGAAGAAGCUUGGGGGAAGGAAGUACCGGACCUCAAAUCCAGUAUAGUAGCCGAUGAUAGGAAUGAUUUGGAUGAAGAGGAUGAUAAGGACGAGGAAGAUCUUGACAAUGGAGAUUCUAAGCUGCAGCAGAAUGCAGCAUCCGAAUAUAAGCGUUUGAUUGCUAUUCAUGCUGGGAAAGCAAAGGGUGGAUUGCAGGAAUGGCUGAGGGUGGAUCCUGAUAAAGUUAGACGUCUUAGCUUAAGCGAGCAAGAGCUUGAAAAGGCCAUUAUAACUCAUGGAGCAGAUAUCAUCAGGUUUACCCAGCGGAAUCUACUGAGGAUUUACCCAAAGGGUAUACGCUUUGACUCCUCAAAUUACAACCCACUAAUUGGGUGGAUGCAUGGUGCACAGAUGGUUGCAUUUAAUAUGCAGGGAUAUGGAAGAUCGCUCUGGUUGAUGCAGGGGAUGUUUAAAGCGAAUGGGGGUUGUGGAUAUGUGAAAAAGCCAGAUUUUCUAUUGAAUGCAGGGCCAAAUAAUGAAAUUUUUGAUCCUAAUGCCAAUUUACCGGUUAAAACAACUUUGAUGGUGACCCUGUUUAUGGGGGAAGGUUGGUAUUAUGAUUUUGAGCAUACACACUUUGACGUUUAUUCCCCGCCAGAUUUUUAUGCAAGGGUAGGAAUUGCAGGAGUUCCAGCUGAUGCUAUAAUGAAGAAGACGAAAACACUCGAGGACAACUGGACGCCUGCUUGGAAUCAAGCUUUUGAUUUCCCACUGACAGUUCCUGAGCUAGCUCUGCUCCGGAUCGAAGUUCACGAAUAUGAUAUGUCUGAAAAGGACGAUUUUGGAGGCCAAACAUGCCUACCUGUGUCCGAGCUAAGUAGAGGGAUUCGGGCUGUUCCUCUGUACAGCCGCAAGGGAGAAAAAUACAACUCUGUAAAGCUUCUCAUGCGCUUUGACUUUGUUUGACAUUCUUCUGGGCUAGUGUAGCAGUGUGUAUGUGCUGGAUGUAUAAUUUAUUUGCUCUUCCACAGUUUGUGUUUCUGAUGUGGAAGUUGUUUUGUGAGAGUUUGCAAUAGUGUAUGUAAUAUAAGUUUUUUGUCA